AUGGCUGAAUCAUACACUCUCCCCGCAGUCCCAGUGAAGCAUUCAAACUUUAUCAAUCAUGUCAAGUCCCAUCCACAAGCCCCCAUUCAGGACCUCGUACAUCCCUACAACCAAUAUGAUGCAGUGCUACGCAAGAUUUAUGCCCAGCAACCAUCGCAUCCAGCAGUCGCCGAGAAUCUUCUCAACAACGUCCCUUUGUUCGAUCGCAAUGGUGAGGCAGAUCUCCAGAUCCGAGCGCGGGAUCUGACCGCGGAGUCCGAGGAACUCAAGGCCAAGUUCAUGAUGCCUCUGAAGAACGAAGACCGGAGACCCAAUGGCUCCCCCGCAGUGGUCUCGACCCUGAAAGAAUUCCAAACAAACUUCAAUUUGUUCUCUGAGAGCUCGUUGAGCGACCUCGACUGGAGUAAUGUUGUCGCGGCGGGCAGUGCCGUGACCACCUCCCUUGUACCCGUUCCGGAAGAGUACCGUGACUCCAAACGUGGCCUACGCGAAUUCUAUCAUGAAAAAUUUGCCCCGGCGUCGGACGUUGACCUGUUUCUGUACGGACUGACAGAAGAACAGGCCAUUGAGAAGAUCAAGCAGAUAGAAACCCGGAUCAAGGACUCCAUCCUGUCCGAAACAUCGACCAUUCGCACGAAGAACGCCAUCACCAUCGUGUCGCAGUAUCCCACACGCCAUGUUCAGAUCGUCCUUCGCAUCUACAAAUCCAUUGCGGAGAUCCUGACCGGAUUCGAUGUGGACUGCUCCUGUGCAGCCUAUGAUGGUCAACAGGUGUACAUGGCUCCGCGUGCUGUUGGUGCCUUUGUCACUCAAAUCAACCAGGUCGAUCUCACGAGGCGGUCGCCUUCAUACGAGAACCGGCUGUCUAAAUACGCUCGUAGGGGAUUCGAGGUCUUCUGGCCCAUGCUGGACCGUUCGCAAAUCGAUCCGACAAUCUUCGAACGCAGUUUCACUCGAACCGUUGGCCUCGCCCGUCUUUUGGUUUUGGAGAAGCUCCCCAAGCCUUCCGACCGUGAUGCUUACAUUGAUAAAAGACGACGUGAGCGCGGUAGACCAGUCCCUACGCGGAAUUGGCCGGCGAGGCAGCUUCGGGGAAACAUCAAAAACGACUGGGACGACGAGGUUCCCGAUUGGGAUGAUGAGCAGGAUGUGUCAGAUUACCACACUUUUACCAUUCCAUACGGGGAAAAAUUUCAUGCUCGGAAGAUCGAGCGACUCCUGUACACAAAGGAUUUGCUUCUGAAUGCGGAGUGGAAUAAGCCCAAGGAUCGGGAGGUCAAUCUGCAUCGGCACCCGGCAUUUUUCGGACAUUUUGACGAUGUGGUCGAGGACUGCUGUGGCUUCUGUCCUGUACCUGUCACUCCUGAAGAGAAGGAAUUGGCCGAGGAGGAGAGCAAGAUCUACGUCUCGGGCAGGAUUUCGUUCCUCAGGGAUAAUGCGGGCCGUCAGGAGAUCGGCAGUUUCAACCCCAUCACGGAGACGGAUUGGACUGAAAUGGCCUAUGUCGGAAAUACUGCCGGUCUUUGUCAGGCGAUUGUGGACCAUGAUCUGGAGGGCGUGCAGGAGUGGCUGGCGCAAGGACACGAUGUGAACCGUCGUGAUUUCACCGGCCGCACUGCCCUCCAUCUGGCAGUCAUGACCUCAACCCCAGAGAUUGUGCAGUGUCUGGUGGAUCAAGGAGCCCGGCUGGUUGCCCGUUUGGCGGAUGGGCGCACAGCCCUGCACCUCGCAGCUGCACGGGGCAGUGUCGACAUGAUCAAGACAUUGCUGACGAAGAGCGAACAGAAUGAGGAGGAGGAAGAGGCCAAGAAAGAGAAAGCUCGGAAGGAAGCCUCGUCGAAUGAUUCAAAGGACACAUCCGACAACAAGGAUGAUGGAGAGCUUAUCAGCCAUCAUCCCGAGAGUGAGGCUGAUGAUCGUUCCUUCGCUACUGGUUCUUUCGUCAAGGUCAAAAGCGACACAAAGGACGCCGCGAGCGAAUCUGUACCCGACGACACGAACGAGCAGGAGCCUGAUAUCUACGACAUCAACGUGAUUGCCUGGGAUAAUCAUGCUUCCCCGCUCCAUCUUGCCAUUGUGAACGGCCACGCUGCUGCCGUUGAGGAGCUGGUAUCCUCGUUCGGCGCCGAUGUUUUGCUGCCAAUCAAGCUACUACACGGAUACAACAACACUCCACGGGCUGCUAUCUUAACGCUCGUUCUAGCUCUUCAAUUGCCCAUGGAGCAAGCCAAGGCGAUGACUUCGAAGCUAUUGCAACUCGGAGCCUCUCCCGCCCAAGCUGACAUCGAGAAGAAAACAUCGGUAACUUACAUUGCUGGGUCUCCAAAGUAUACAGAGCUUCUCGACCUGUAUCUCGAGCAUGACCAUCCUGCUGUUGAACGGACCAUCAACUACAUUUCGACUGGCGGUUGGCGAUGGAAUCCCUCUGCCGAAACUUCUUUGAUAACCGCCAUCAAGGCUGGCAACGUCAUCGGGGCGUUGAAGCUGCUCGAGGCCAACGCAAGCCCAACAAUUGAUUUUGACGAAUUUAUCAAGGUGGCGCAAGAUAAUUUGGAAGGAAUCCGCAAUAAUACCUCCGAUCAGGUGAAGAAGAAUUUCAAUACACACGUCGCUCAACCCAUCAUCAUGGCCGUCAUGAAGGACCAACCCUCGAUUGCCCAGGCAUUGCUUGCACGAGGCGCCGACCCCAACACAAUGUCCCCGGAUGCGUACCGGGUCAGGGAUGACGAUUAUGCCAGGUCCAAUCUGAAGGGAGAGUCGCUGUUGGAUUGCGUGCGACAGAAACUGAAAGACCUCCGGGAGUACAAGCCUGAGACCUCCAACUUGGAACCACCAAAGCCUUUGGAGCAAGAUGAUGAGCACUAUCUCUCGUCAUUCGAGCAGGAUACAUAUCAGAUGUGGAUGGCCAGAGGUGCCCUCGACGCCGCCCGCGAGCGGUACAAGGCGGAUCAGAAGGCAUACGAGGAGCGCCUUCAGAAGGAUCAGGCACCUUGCGGCGUCGAGGAGAAGAAGAUUGCCGUGAAGGCGCUGCUGGAGGAGUUUGAGAUCCUUGAGGCGGAAUUGAUUGCUCGAGAAGCCAAGACUUUUGGAGAAAUGUAUCCAGACAUCAAGAUGAACACCAGCGAUCGCCAUCGCAGCUCGUCUUUCAGCAUCAAGCCACCCCAAUUCAAGGUGACAGUUGACUUUAAGAGACCGGAUCUCAACGAAGCUACGAGAGAAGGUUACAUCCAGUUAUUCGAGGCAGCGUGGCGUGGAGAUCUUAAGACCGUCAAGACCUUGACCAUGGGAAUGUGGGGCCCAGAGAACAAGUCACCACCGCUGGAAAUUGCGACAAAGGACCACCGAGACUUCUGUCCGUUCCACCUGGCCAUUAUAAAGGGACAUCUCGAUGUCGCAAGGGCCAUCAUCGCGAUUGCCGAGGUCCAGUAUAAGCCCGAGGAGAAAGAAGACAACGUGCGGUAUAGGAUGCGAACGGAAAGCGACGAGGACAACGAUUCCUGCUGCGAGUCUUCCGACAUAGAUGAAGGGGAUCGUGAAGAGAUUGGUAUUGAGAAGCACGUCCUCGAUGAUCGUUUCACCAUCGACAACAUCGGUGAGGUCAAAACGCAAGUGGAGAGCAAAAUCUCACCCCUUUCCAUCCUUCAAGACAACUGCUAUCUGUCAUUUUUCCUCCCUUCACCAGUUCCAGAGGACGCCAAGUUUCACACUUUGAUCCAGUACGCCAUCUGGAAGGAUGAUGUUGAACUUUUAGAUUUCAUUUUAGACCUCGGACGUGAACUGUCCAUGAAGGGGUCGAAUAGCUCUGACCAGUCCAUUUUCGAAGCAAAGGAGUGGGACUUUACCAUGGCUAUGCAGCUUGGACGUCUUCGCUGUUUGAAGGAGCUCAUCAAGCGGACGGGAGCUGGCCUUCCGCUGGACAAGCUCGCGGAGCAGAGCGGGGCUGAGGUCAAGGAGAAGCCCAAAUUCUACCAAGGCUUGUCCAUCCACGGCAAGAAGCGCGCAGAUUGGGCGGCUGCGGGUCGCGGCAUCACCCCUACCCAGCCUCGGGAGGUGCACCCGCCUCUCCUGGUUGCUGCACGCCAAGGGAACGUUGAUGCAGUGGAAUGGUUCUUGGGAACAGCGCCUGGUCGAUACUAUGCAGAGUUUGCUGAGGCGUUCAAGCACGACAAACGUCUCAAGAGGCUCGCUAUGGGGAAUAAGGGCAUUGAGCGGUCAAUUACAAGCUGGUUGGAAUGCCGACGUGACCUUGUCCUUCACUGCGCUGUUCUCUCCAAGCCAACAGACGAAUCGGAGCAAUUGGUCCGGUAUCUCGUCAAGACUGUUCCUCACUGCAUGGAGGUCAAAUCCAUCGAAGGAUACACGCCAUUGGCCCUUGCCUUCUCGCUGCAACGUUAUGCCUUUGCCAAGAUCCUGAUUGAGGCUGGAGCCGAUCAGACUGCCCGUGACAAGAAGGGCAACAAUAUCCUCCAUUUAACGCUGAACAACGCUACUCAUCCAAGUGAUGAGAAAGUGAAGGCCCUUCCGAAGAUUCUCGGAUUGAUUGAUAACUCCCUGGUCCCCUCUUUGCUUCAGGAGAGAUCCUCUCAGGACCCUGGCGCUCUAACGCCUUUAGCGCAGUGGAUGGUUCAGGGUCUUACGUACCCAACAUAUGGCGCACAUAUCGUACAGGAGUCAGGCAACCAGAUGAAGGCGCUCAAGAUUAUCCUGGACUUUGCACAGCCAACUGGGCAGAAGCAUCUAGAGGUUCUCGAUGGAGCUGGAAACACUGUGAUCCACGAUGCUGUACGAUGCGGGGUGCCGCAGACGCUCGAGUUGCUGGUCAAGCGCCGACCAGACCUUCUUCAUCGUGAGAACGCAUCUGGAACGACACCAGCGGAACUUGCCGAAGCCGCCUGGGUCGCCGAGGUGACCUCCAACCCUCCGAAUCACGAACGAUCCAACCACAACCUAUUCAGUUCCUGGAGCAGAGAUCGAUACAGCGAGAGCCUUGUUCGCCGCAAACCGGAUAGCUUUGUCAUGGAGAACGACCAGGCUCCUACGCUAAAGCGGAAGAUCUACGAUUUCUGCUGCAAGAGCUCGGAGGGUGUUUCUGCGAAGCGGCGGUUGGUGACUCUGUUCGAGGCCAAUGAGGUCGCUAGGCGAUUGGCAUCGAAGCAUGCAGAGGACACUGGACGGUCCAGAUAUCGGUCAAGAAGACGGUGGAUGGACCCAAAUGAGGGCGAUUUCGCAGAUGAAGUCCAAGCGUGGCAUAAGUCUGCAUACCAGGGAUAG